ACUGGUCAACCUAACCUAUAAAUUCUUAUAGAAAAAUAUAAUGUACAGUUUACGAAACAGCACAAAAAUACUUCCCAAAUUAGCACAGCGUCGACAGAGUAGUACAGCAGCCCCACAAAAUGUCGUCAGUUCUGUUUUUACUAAUAGAAAUCCGAGGAAUUUGGAAAAACUUAGGAUAGGUUAUAAACCCGAUGGUUAUCACGUAGACAGACCAGGAAAAUGCUACUGGCACAAAUUAAACCUAACAGCUUCAGGAAGAUACGUAACAGCUACCAUUAACCACUUUGAAAACGGGGAGAUUAUAAAGACUAGUACAUCGGAAUGGGCUAUAAAGAAGCAGCUGUACAGGACUGUGGAUACAUCUGCGUAUAUAAAUUUAGGAAGAGUUUUAGCGGAUAGAUGCCUUCAAAGCGGGAUACUAGAAGUUAGCUGUAAUAUCGAACCCCCAAUUCCAAAUGGAAAGGUAGCGCUGUUCUUAAAAGCCGUGGAAGACGGUGGAGUGUCACUUAAAGAACCCCCACAAUACAAACCGAGUCGACCAUGGGACCAGUUCAGGCCAGAGAAACCGUGGGAAGUUACCGAAUAAUUACCUUUUCCAUUAAUAAAAGUAUAAAGUGUUUUUUAAAGGUUUUAUUUACAAUAAAUACAAAUUACACUAUCUGAA